UCAUAUGAGAGGGAGAGCGACUUCAUUCUCUGCUCAGAGCACCUUCAAGGCCUCUGCUGGAGUGGUGUAUGACAUCUACACUAGCCUACAUCGUUGAGACGGCGAGGACCCUGGUCAAGAGACUGAAUGGACACUGGACACCAGAACAAAACCAGUGGACGCAUCGACUGGGAAGAGGUCAAAGUUGACCAGGAGUCAGUGGACAGACAGAGAAAGACACCAGAGACCAUCUUUGAACACAGACAGGAUCAUAUGACAAACAGAUGCUAUAAAUUCUCACACUCUCACUCGCUGGGGGAUUUCAACAUUCAACUCUUUCACCAACUCCUGAAUUCCCACACAGUCUCUCUAAGCCAGUUGGUGUCGUGGAUGUGGUCCAUAAUGGGGGUGCCUGGGGGUUUGUUGUUGCUCCCAAUUUUGCUGAUUUUUACAGGAAGCACUUCAGGGACACUUGUCUCCAGCUGUGAUUCGUGUCAUGAUGAAGCCGCCUGCCUGGAGUCACAAGAAAGAGGCGACUCGUUCACCAGCCAGACGCUCUCUUGUGUCUGUAAAGAUGGCUUUGUAGGCAAUGGUCUCACCUGUUAUGAUAAAAAACUCUGCCGUGACUCCUCUUGCUGUAGCCGAGGUUAUCACUGGUCACCAGACAGGGGCUGUGUGGACACUGACGAGUGCUCCCUCCCAGACUCACCCUGCGCCCCACCUCAGGUUUGCCUAAACACCCCAGGCUCUUUCGACUGCUUGGAGCCCCCCACCAGGACCAGAGCGGGCCCUGCUUCCCAAUCUGUUCAGUUCAACUGUGGACACACAGUUUGUCCUUUAGGCAUGGACUGCAUCAGUAAUGAUGGGACUCUGCGCUGUGCUGACCCCUGCGAGCACUACACCGUAGUGGAUGACGACUGGCGUUCAGUGAAUAACACAUCGAAUCAGAUCAUACACUGUGACCAAAAUAUUGAAUGGCAAGGCUGGUAUCGCCUGCUUCUGGGAGCAACCAGUGCUCGUAUUCCAGAGAGGUGUGUAGGUGAAAAUAAGUGUGGAACUCAUGCUACUAUGUGGAUAACACAACCUCAUCCCACACACUCAGAUGGAAUUGUAAUUCGGACUGUGUGUAAUGCCUGGUCCGGCAGCUGCUGCUCUUUUAGCUCACACACCAUCCAUGUCAAGCUCUGCUAUGGACACUACUAUGUCUACAAACUUGUGAAGCCAUCCACAUGCAGCCUUGCAUACUGUGCAGGUAUUAACCCGAUUCAACCAGAUUUCAACAGUACAGUCUUACCAACCACACCUGAUCCAACACCUGAGCACUUCACCAGCCCUCAGGUGCCAACUAACAUCAGUACCACAACAUCAGCAGACAACAGCACAGCAGUUGAGGGGCAGGUCCGCCUGGCCAAUGGAGGAAACAGCUCCUGCUCUGGCAGAGUGGAGAUCUUCCACCGUGGACAGUGGGGGACGGUGUGUGACGACGCCUGGGACCUGGUUGAUGCUCAGGUGGUGUGCAGACAACUGGGCUGUGGCAGGGUCCUGUCAGCACCACAAGCUGCACGCUUUGGACAGGGCAGAGGGCCCAUCUGGUUGGAUGAUGUCAUGUGCAGAGGCAGCGAAUCAAAGCUCAGCGACUGCCGCCACAGAGGGUUUGGAUCUCACAACUGUGGUCACAAUGAGGAUGCUGGUGUCGUCUGUGAAGCUGGUUCACCUGUGAGGCUGGUCAACUCUGACAACCGCUGCUCUGGCAGAGUGGAGGUCUACCAUGAAGGACAGUGGGGGACAGUGUGUGACGAUGGCUGGGACAUGAACGACGCCAACGUGGUGUGUAGACAGCUGGGCUGUGGCACGGCUCGUUCAGCACUAACAAAUGCAGCUUUUGGACAGGGCAGUGGACCCAUCUGGUUGGACGAUGUCAUUUGUUUUGGAUCUGAACCAUCGAUUACAGACUGCAGACAUCCAGGGUUUGGGGUCCAUAACUGUCGUCACAUUGAGGAUGCUAGCGUCAUCUGUGAAGUUCUGCUCCCUCCACCCCUGCCUUCUCAGCUUAUUUGUGGCCGUGAUAAACUCUACGUGGGGCUGGAUCUGGCUGGCUUUACAUCCUCUGGUUUGAACCCCUUCUCUGGCAACAUGGCAGCACGCAACUGCACCUGGGUCAGAGUGCGUGAUGACGUAGUGUGGUAUGAAGUGGAGGCCACGGCAGGUGCCUGUGGAAACACAUUGAGGACCAACAGCACACAUGCCAUCUACUCCAAUAGCUUAUUUAUCUACCCAAUAGACAACGCAACCUUCGUCCUUCCUGUUAGUAUUCCCUUGUCCUGCCCGUAUCCCCUGGACACCGACACCAGCAUGAAUGUGGCUAUCAGACCAUUCCUGGCGCUGGAAGGUGGCAUUUCAGACUCGGGUACCAAAGCCAGAGCUUCCAUGUCUCUGUUCCGCAACUCCAACUACAUAGAGUCUUAUCCAGCAGGCCGGGUCACCCUGCCAGUGGGCUCGCUGUUGUACGUGGGCGUCUCUGUAGAGGAGAGAGAUCCAAGCUUUGCAGUUGUUCUGGAGGACUGCUACGCCACUCACUCAUCAAACCCUGAUGAUUCCAAGCAAUACCCUCUCAUCCAGAACAAGUGUCCUGCUGACCGCCGACAGGUGUCAGUGGUUGAGAGCGGCUCAUCCCUCCGGGCUCGUUUCUCCGCGCUGUUCUUCCUGCUCCAGGAUGAAUACAGAGACGUUUACCUUCACUGCAGCCUCAGCCUGUGUGAACGGAGGAGCUCCUCUUGUGUUCCACCUUGCACAAGUAGGACCUAUCGCUCUGUAUCCAACUCUGAUCCUCUGACUACCCUCACCAUUGGACCAAUCAUUUGGGACAAGUCACCUGAGUGAGCUGGUAACAUGCAGUAAUAAUUCAAACACAUUCAGUGUACUGAUAUUAUUUUUCAUUAAUGAGACAUAAGAUUAUGAAAACUGGUGUAACAUUAUAUAAUAAAUCUUACCACGCUUUGUAUCAUUCCUCAAUUCUAUUGCCUUUGCAAUGUUUGUAUUAUUAAAUACCAAUCAAAAAGAAACUAUCGGGGUUAUAAUAAAAGUGAAGUGAAGUUUUAAAUGAUUUUUUUGCAUUUGUUUAAAAUUAUUAUUUUCUGUAACUUGGCCUAUAAGAAUCAUUUUUCAAAACAAAAGCAUGGAUCAUUCUUUAGAUCCAAUGACAAAUUUUCCAUAUUAUAGUGUGCAACUGAUAUGUGUAUAUGUGGUAUAAAAUCAAAGAAAAACAAAAUGCUGUACCUUGGUAGAAUAUGCAAAUAAAAUGUAAAAAUCUCAACCAUGACACAUGGCUUUGGUGUUUGGUCCAUUACUGAAAUGUCUCAACAACUAUUUGAUGAAUUGCCGUUACAUUUGGCACAGCUAUCCAUGGUGGCCAGAGGAUGAAAUACAGUAUAAUAACUCUGGUGAGC